AUGUCUGAAGUUCUUGAGCUGACAGUUGAGGAGACACAGAGGCUAGUGGAUGCUUGUAUUGCAGCCAAGGACAAUGCCCACGCGCCAUACAGUAAAUUCCGAGUAGGAGCAGCGCUUCUAACACAAAGUGGAACUCUAUACACAGGUUGUAAUGUCGAGAACUCUGCUUACCCUCUCACUACUUGUGCCGAGCGUUGUGCCAUUGUCAAGGCUGUGAGCGAAGGAGACAAACUCUUCAAAGCAAUUGCAGUCUCAACGGACAUUCCUGACAAGUUUGCUCCGCCGUGUGGAGCUUGUCGUCAAGUCAUGGCCGAGUUUGGUGUCGACUAUUGGGUAGUGUUGACCAAGCCAGACAAGACAACGGACAUCCACCGUGUGAGAGACCUCCUCCCUCACACCUUUACCACUGAUGACCUGAGGGCAGGGCAGUCCAAGUAGUAGAGACAAAUAUUUGUGCUGCUAGUUCAGCUUAGUUUUUUUAGUUUUUUUAUCAGUCAUGUCUUAGA